AUGCCGUCCCUCACGGCGCAGCCUACAAGCUACGGCCAGGUCAUUGAGUACAUUCAAGAUCGACUCUACCUCGCUUCAUACACCCAAGCUCCGAACGAAAACACACCGUUCCCAUACCCUACAGCACCGAAGCGAUCACCUCACAAGAAGUCAUCAAGAGCCACAACGGGCCCAACACCAGUCGCAGUGCGCCCUCCGCCCGUCUACUUCACCAUCGAUGACUCUCUUCUGUACAAUGCCUUCCACCACGACUUCGGUCCGCUUCAUGUUGGACACUUGUAUCGCUUCGCUGUACACUUCCAUGAGAUCCUUGGCGACCCAGCCAACAGCGAUCGCGCCGUCGUAUUCUGGAGCCGGGCAGAUGCACGCAGUCGAGCAAAUGCCGCCUGUCUGGUAGCUUGCUAUAUGGUCUUGAUUCAGGCAUGGCCACCACAUCUUGCGCUCGCGCCCAUCGCGCAGGCAGACCCUCCUUAUAUGCCCUUCAGAGAUGCUGGGUACAGUCAGGCAGACUUUGUCUUGAACAUCCAGGAUAUCGUCUAUGGUGUGUGGAAGGCAAAGGAGGAGAACUUGUGCCAGUUGAAGGAGUUCAAUCUUGAAGAAUAUGAACGUUACGAGCGAGUCGAUAUGGGUGACUUCAAUUGGGUCUCGCCACAGUUUGUCGCUUUCGCAUCACCUCAGUCAGAGCCUACCGCUCCGAUUCCGCCCACAUCACCCGCGUAUGCCACGCUUCCGUCGUGCAUACCCGAGAUUGCAGGCGCACGGAUCAGCCAGCCGUUCAAGAAUGUCCUCACACACUUCGUCCAGCGCAAUGUUGGCCUGGUAGUUCGCCUCAACAGCGAACUGUACUGCCCGUCAUACUUCACUGCUCUCGGCAUCCAACAUAUUGACAUGAUCUUCGAGGACGGCACAUGUCCGCAGCUACCGAUCGUACGAAAGUUCAUCAAGCUUGCAGCGGACCAGAUCUCCAGGCGCAAAGCUAUUGCCGUCCACUGCAAGGCUGGUCUUGGUCGGACAGGCUGCUUGAUCGGAGCCUACCUCAUCUACCGUCACGGCUUCACAGCCAACGAAGUCAUUGCUUUCAUGCGCUUCAUGCGUCCUGGCAUGGUGGUUGGUCCUCAACAGCAUUGGCUGCACAUGAACCAGGGCACGUUCCGAGAGUGGCAGUAUGAAGACACCAUUAAAGCCAAGUAUGAGAGGGAAGCGAAGCCAUCCACUCCACGUGGCCUGAGUUCAAAGACACCCAUGCGCCAAUUCUCUGGCAAUCAGAUGGCCACACCGCAGCGAAGCUCGGUCCAGCGUGCUGCUCUUGGCGAGAUCGAUGGAAACGAUGUGAAUGCUACCGCUGCACAAGACGAGAACCUGCCAGCACCAACACCAGGUCAGCCACGAAAGUAUGCUCGUAUGGAUCCUCGAGGUCAUACAUAUGCACGAUCCACCUCAGCCGGCUUCCGUGCCAGCGUCAAUAACAACACCGAGAAGGCGGUAGAAGCAACCACUGGGCUGACGGACUCGGAUGAGGAGUACAUCCUGCAGCGUCUUGCCGCUCGUAGAUCUGCUAGCCGGAGCCCGAACGCCACCAGCGCCAAGGGCAAAGGUCGUUCUGUCAGCUACACUACGACAACGACCACCACCACCAAGACCAUCGAUAUGGGCGAUAUGGGCAUCUAUGAAGACCGCGACGCUGACGUGGUCUUCGGCAAUGCCGAUGGCAAUAAUGUCUGGACCGAUGACGUCGACUCGGAAAACCAGAUGCAGACAUCCUCACCCAACAAGAAACUCGGCAUGUCCGAUUCUCGUGCUCCAAGCCGAUCACCGAGCAUCGCUGGCAAUACUCGCUCAAAGACACCUCGGCGAAGUGCAUCGGGCAUGCACGCCUCUGGCAAUGGUUCUCUGGCUGGCUUGACAAAGACGCGAGGCUCCAUCAAGGAGCGCGAGAGUCCUAUGCGGCGGUCAACCGAUGAGCGAGGCAAGGUCCGCAAGACCAGUGGUCGGGUUGGCAGCAAUGGUGUUGCCCAGAACAGCGUGCUUGGUGGUCGGACGCGGUAG